AUGGCCGUUCGCCUGUUCCCUUGUCGCGCGGAGGUCUCUCGGCGGCUCAAGUUCAGCGCCAAGGCUGGUCGAAACAACGUCAUUGUAUCCGGUUUACCUCGCUCCUUGCUCACAGAAUCCGUAAAGCUCGAGGCCAAUGGCGCCGCAACCAUUUCAGAGGUCACCACUUCAUCGGUUCCAGUGGACUCAAUGGCGCGAAGUAAUCCUGAUAACUCCCUCAACUUUAGCCGCAGAGAGGCGGCAGAAGCUCUUUAUAUGGAGUCGAUCGCCUCACCGGCUAAUGUUGCACAAAACGGAGCAUCCCUGUUGGAGAAGGCGCUCUCAGAGUUCAGCAUUCAAGCGGCUUCUAUCGAUGGUGUCACCGACGCCUCCUUGACCCCGGAGUACGAGUUGCGGGCGAAUACCACGUCAGCAGAGAAGCAAGCCACGCUCUUAUAUAGGGCUUCUAUCAAACAAACCACGGGGGAGUCCUGGGACGACGUCGCCCUCAUUCUAGAGACUGCUACGCCAUCGUUUGACACUGAUUUACCGACACUAGAUCCUUGGAUAACAACAGCAUCUGAUCGCAGGGGAUCCCAAACCGACGUCUCCAUAAUCCCGCCCCCACUACGAUCUAUCUCAGGCGAAAGGCGUGCCAGGAAUAUAUACGCUACAUAUCUCGUACCUGGCAAAGUCAGUGUACCGAACGGCGGGAACAACCUCGACGUCACCAUCACGCAACUAGAGCUCGACACCAAACUCACAUGGAUAACAAUUCCUAAGAAGGAUGCAAGAGCGACUGUCCGAAAUGACUCCGAAUUUAUCUUGAUCCCGGGCCGAAAUAGUGUCUACGUUGACGGCAAUUUCGUCGGUAAUGUCUCCCUUCCCAUGGUUCACCCUCAAGAAACCUUUGAUUGUCCCUUGGGCAUCGACACUGCGAUUAAUGUCAACUAUCACCCACAAACCAAGAGGACUUCCAAAGCCGGAUUCCUCCAGCGUACCUCAAAGGCAGUCAUUCAUGAGUACUCUCAACAAGUCACAAUCACGAACUCGGGGUCCUCAAGUAUUCCCGAACUCAUUGUGAUAGACCAGAUACCCAAAGCCGAAGACCCUCGAAUCAACGUUAAGCUGCUGACAUCACAAAAGCCUUCUAGCAGAAUUGAUAUCGACGAGAACGUUAGCGCUCAGUGGUUUACCGCAAACCCAGGUGCCCCGGAGUUGUCGCCCGCCGAUAACGAUGGUGUUGAUGGUAGACUCUCCUGGCGCUGUUGUGUCCCGCCUCAGCGUAAGGUGCGCUUGCACCUACAGUGGGAAAUAAGCGUGCCGUUCAAUACGUCUGUUGUUGGUCUGUGA